UUUACUUCACAAACUACUGCACUAGAAAUAAUUGUUACAAGUUAUUUGUUAGGGAAAGAUUUAAUGGCAUUUGAAAUGCGAGUUCUCAUUGUGGUGGUGGCCAUGGUUGUAUGCCUUCCCUCGGCCGUAUAUGCAGAGCAGGGAACAGUCACUUUUUACACGCCUGCUUACGUUCCCUCCUCAUGCAACGGAUAUCAAAACGAUGGUGUGCUGAUUGCUGCAGCAAGCGCUCCCAUUUUUAACAAUAAAGCUGCUUGUGGAAGAAGCUACAGAGUAACAUGCACCGGCGCUACUAACCAAGGUGUGCCACAACCUUGCAAGGGUACCAGCGUUGUGGUUAAAAUUGUGGAUCUCUGUCCUUCUCCUGGAUGCCAAGCAACCCUCGAUCUCUCUCAGGAAGCCUUUGCCACCAUUGCUAACCCCGACGCCGGCAAGAUCACGAUUGAGUAUAAUCAGGUCUGAAGCUAAGCUAGCUAGCUCUCUAAGCCAUAUGGAGGAGCAAAUUUUAUGCCACAUUUUGUGUGAAACUUUUAUGUUUCAUUGAAGUCAAGUCAUGAAUAAGAAAGCAGCACUUUGUGUGAAA